AUGUCUUUGCACACUACAGAAUUAGACAACAUCUUGCCUUUGGUUACCAGGGGUAAAGUCAGAGAUAUCUACCAAGUGGAUGAAAACACUUUAUUGUUUGUAGCUACAGACAGAAUCUCUGCUUAUGAUGUGAUAAUGGAUAAUGCUGUUCCUGAGAAGGGGAAGCUCUUGACCAAGUUGUCUGAAUUCUGGUUCGAGUUUUUGUCGCAGACUAUACCUAACCAUCUUAUCCUAUCUAAGAACGAUGACGAAAGUUUGUUUGCUAAAUUGCCAGCUCAAUUGUCUGAAGCAAAGUAUAAAUUGCAAUUGUCAGGUAGAUCGUUGUUGGUGAGAAAGUUGAAGUUGAUUCCACUAGAAGUGAUUGUCAGAGGUUACAUAACGGGCUCUGCUUGGAAGGAGUACAAGAAGACUCAGACUGUUCAUGGUUUGUCAGUUGAAGCUGGCUUGUUGGAAUCACAAGAAUUUGCAACUCCAAUUUUCACUCCAUCGACCAAAGCUGAUCAAGGUGAACAUGAUGAAAACAUUUCCCCAGAAAAGGCUGCUGAGAUUGUUGGCCAAGAAUUGUGUGAUAAAUUAGCCAAAGCUGCUAUCGAAUUGUACACGAAGGCUAAGGAGUACGCAAAGACUAGAGGCAUCAUCAUAGCUGAUACCAAGUUCGAAUUCGGUUUGGAUACUGACCACAAUUUGGUUUUGGUUGAUGAAGUUUUGACUCCAGAUUCUUCCAGAUUCUGGAAUGCUUCUGCCUACAAAUUAGGCAAAUCUCAAGAAUCUUAUGACAAGCAAUUUUUGAGAGACUGGUUAACUUCGAACGGCAUUGCUGGCAAGGACGGAGUUAAGAUGGACGAAGAUAUUGUCGCAAGGACCAGAGCCAAGUACAUCGAAGCAUACGAAGCUAUCACUGGCGACAAAUGGACCUCUUAA